GUGCCCGCCAGACAAGAACGAUAGAAAAUGGCGAGUCAGUGCAAAAGGCAGCAAUGCACAAUCGACAGGCGCGGCUUUCGGCAGGAACUUGACUCGUGGCGACACAAACUUAUUCACUGUGUAGGUUUUGAGAGUAUACUUGAAGGUCUGCUUGGCUCAGAGCUGGUAGAAGACCUACAGUUAUUUAAGGACUAUGAGCCAGUAGCAGUGUCUGACUGGUCAUUUGAUGAAAACUGUCUUUUCUGCUGUUUGAGACGAGACAAAGUGAAGGAGCACUUAAUUGGCUUAAGCAAGGAGGGGCUUGAAGAUGCACCCAAACCUCCCCUGGUGAACGAUCAGACUGCAAUCAACAGACUAGAGAAACAAGCGGAGGAAUUUCUCAAUGCAGUCCUCUACAGAAAAGAUGUGCCAAAUUUCUCGGACCCACACAUUCCAGUAGUUGCUCGAGAGAUGCUUCAGAGAAUGAUCCGACAGUUUGCUGCCGAAUAUACCUCAAAAACCAGCUCCCCUCAGGACAGUUGCUCAGAUUCUCAGUCUCGCUCUGACCAAAGCCUGCCGACUCCACCCUCGCACUCAGGGGCGCCUCCUUCCGCCAGCCCCGCUGCCUCCGUGGCUGGGCCUGCACACAACCAGAACCCCGUCCUCAGCAAGCUCCUCAUGGCUGACCAGGAUGCUCCUCUUGACCUCACCAUUAAGAAGCCUCCAGCUGAGCCCAGUGAACAAGAUGGAGUCCUUGACUUGUCUAUUAAGAAGAAUCGCUAUAGCAGCAACCUGCCUGCCCGUAGUCCUUGCCUUUCUCCUGCCACACCCACGAUCAAGGGAGAGUCUCCUGACCUGCGUGUCGCAAAGGCUAAAGACCUUCAGUCAACUUCCACACUGGAACACUUCAUGGCCAAACUCUGCCCCCACCAUCAGAGACAGAUUGUAGAUGCCAUGGGUUUUCUACAGACAGAGGUCAAAGCACUCGCAACCUCUAAGGCACAUCAAGCUUCUAACUCUACCUCUGGGAUACAUGGAAGUGCUCAUUUUUCUGCAGUCACCCCUGAGAAGGCUGAGUCUGAGCUAAGAUUUCCUAGUCAAUCCACUCCCAAGUCAGAAGUCCAUGAUAUGUCCAUUUUUACCCCAAGCAGUUGUGCAAUGAAGACAUUUCCAGAGAGCGCAGUGUCACUGAAAACAUCAGUCAAUGCUGGACCUGCUUUGGAUCGUAUUAGCCCUGGGUUAGUGACUAAUCUUACUUUGGUUACUCCCACCACUUACCCAGUGGACACAGAGAACAUGCGUCAGGGUGAUCAUGCACCUCUUAAGAUGAAAAUCAUGGCCAGCAAUGUUGCUGACGGAAAGAAGUUGUCCUGUGUGCUCAAUACUUCCCUUUCAUCUCACUCGGACCCCUCGGAGACCAAACAGGGAAACUCAAAUGUGUCCAUCAGAACUGAGACUCACAGUGCGAGACUCAGCUCCUCUCUGAAAAGACACAGUCAGGCGAGUCACGCUCAUCAAGCCAGGCACAGGGACAGUCUCGGGAAUGCUAAAGAUUCACCAGCCAAACUCUUUUCAGUCCAUGUGACCAUUCCUUCAGAAUCUCCACGGACUGCCAGGAAGUCUAUGAGGGCAUCUUGUGAAAAUCGGACAAGAGAGACUGCUUGUAGGACUGUAGUUGACCCUGAUCUUGGCCACUGUGACAUUGUUUUUAUUGACAAACCAAUUACAGAGUGUUUUAAGGAACAGCAACGCAGCAUACUUCCUCGCCGCAAUGCAAGAAAAAGUACCAGAGGACAUAUGUAUUCAGAUGAAAUCUGGGAGUUAAAAACUGUCCGCACAUUGGCGGGUAGAGGCAACUGUCAUAAUCCAAUGCCAGAACUGAUCACAUUGGUCACCCCAAAACAAAUACUUUCAAAGCCUGAAGGCUUGCCUCCUGUCGAUAUGCCUUUUGCUGGAACACGCAGGGAGACAAUAAAUCAGCUGAUGUCAACAGAAGAGUCAGAUGAGACAGGUAUGAUACCAGGAACAGGGGAUGUGGCAGUGGUCGCUGACCGUGAAAAAGAUGUAGUAGUUGAAAUAAGCCAGACUGAUCAGUGUCAGAGUAAAGGGCAUUCUGCUCCUUCAUCUCCAGUAAGGCUCCCUACAGAGAGCAACACAUUGGAUAUUAACACAGAUGUAGAAAAGGAAACAACCGCAGAUUUAGGGACAAGAACAGGUAGUGAUGAAACUGUUGCUCCAGCUCCAGCUGAAGCAGAAACGAUCGACGAGCAUGAUCCACAAGAGAGCAUAUCUGAAAGUAUGAAGCAAAUUGUGGAAAAAACAUUAGCUGAGCCAUUUGAAAAUGUCGCCAUAGAGGAAGAUGAGACUGAGGUUUCAUCAGAUAAACUGUGCAACAGUGAAGCAGAUCUCCAGCAGGAUAAAGUCCCAUCACCCAUGAGUCAAGUUGAGGAAGAAAGAGAGGGAAAUGAAGGAGAGGAAACACAAGAUAAGGAACCUCAAGAACUUAAGCCAGAGGCACAGUUACAUCACAAUGACUUGGCAGAAGAAUCCAGCAUCAUAGGCUUAGUACAAGAGCCAAACAUGAAAGAGCCAGAGGUGGAGACAACUGAAAUAGCUGAAAGCAUUAUGCCUUUAGAAAUUAAGGACGAUGAUGAUCAUGAUGAUGAUGAUGGUGGUGGUGGUAAUGAGAGUAAUGACUGCGAUGUGUCUACAAAAUCACUUGACACGCUCUUAAAGGAAUUACCCCCGUGGAGAAGAAAAAGAGGUACCACAGUCUCGACGCCUAAGCGGUUCAAAAAGACUGAAUCAGUGAUAGUGGGUUAUGUUAACGGCAGACCCAUAUCUGCAUCUGACAGAAGUCUGCGACGUAGAUCAAGUAACAGCACCACGUCACCUCAAAAAACUCCAGUGAAAUCUAGUCCGAAUGUAGCCAGUGACACGUCUGUUGACUCAACUACUCAUUCACCUGUUGUUGAGAAACAUCUGCCUGAAGAAAAUAUUUUAGUCAUUUCAGCCAAGGUUGCUCCUGUGGUUGAGCAGGUGACGGAACAAUCUGAAACGACACCAAGUCCAAAAUCCAAAGUUCCCCAAAGGACCAAACAAACUCCGAAAGAAAAGAAAGUACAGCAACCUCAAGAUACUUUGCCCAUUUCCCCUGAUCCGCCUGUUGAUGGCUCUCCAAGCACAGAGUCCAAACGCCAACUUAGAUCUGCCAGCCAGAAACCUGGCACUCCAGUAUCACUUCCUACUAGCGUCAUUCCCACUUCACCCCAAAAGCAAACUGGUACUCUUCUAUCUACAGAACUGCCUCCCUGCCUCCCCCUGCCUUUUCCACUUCCUGCUACUUCUCCUCUUCCAAUAAGCUCAAGUUCUGCUGCUGCCCCUCAACAAUCCCAACAAAACGCAGUCCCAGAGUCAUCUAUGGAAUUAAACACAGAACAGUCUCAGCCAAUAGCAACAACCUCUGAAACAAAUGAAGUAGACAACAAAUCGCCAGCCAAACAGAAACUAAGAUCUGCCAAGGCUGUAUUUGACAGUGAUAAAAAUGACGAGAAAGAGCAAUCGAGUAAACCAACUAAACGGGUUCUUAGAAAAGAUACUGAAGCAAGUGACACUGCUUUACCACAGAAACCAAAUGUAGCAUCUGUAGAAGAUAGGUCAGCGAGUGGGAACGACUGUAGUCCUUCAGUGCUGGACAAACCCACAAGAAUGCCAUUAAGAAGUGAGUGCAGUAGGACCGAAACGUUAAAUCAGUCUGUUACUCAGUCACCACCACUGGAAACUAAGAAAUUUGCUUUGAGAUCUCAAACCUCAGCGGCACCAUCUCCUAGUUCUCCUACUGUAGCUGGAAGACAGAGUGAUGUAGUUUUACCUACCAGAUUAAUGCCAGAAAGGAUUACGAAAGCUCAGGUGAAGUCCCCUUCAUUGUCUGAGAGUUCAGCCAUAAGUAUUGUCACAACAAAGCCUGUGCCCCCAAAACAAACGGCUAACAAAUUCUUUGAGGCUCUGACUGGAGAAGAUAACCAACACCGAAUUGCAAAUUUAAACGGGAAGUAUGAUAAAAUGCAAAAAGGUUGGAUCCAAAUGGACAAAGAGAGUCAGGCAGCAACAAAAUACAAGAAUAAAUCGGACAGACAGGCAGCUAUAUGGAAAAGUAAGCGUAGGGCCCGAAAACCAAAGUCUUUGGAGCACCAGAGAUACUCGCCGGUCCAAAUGCUCUUCAUGAAAGGUUUUAAUCUGACCAGCAUUUGUCGCUGGUUCCUAGAGUCAACAGAGACAAAGUCCCUUGUCAUUGUCAAGAAGGUAAACACACGGCUUCCGUCAGAAACACAACUCUGCUUCCACAGCUCGUCCAGUGCUUCAGGGACGUCGCAUGGGGUUUUUCCAAGCCUACAGGCAGAGCGCUUGAAGAAACACCUGAAAAAGUUUGCCAUUGCAUCUCCUGUAAAGAGCACACCCAAAAAUCAGAAACUGAUUGCGAAGGCACUGGAGCAAGAGGGCAAUGCAGUCAAGAGUAAGGAGAAGAAGGAACUUCCCAGUACAACUCAGACUCUGACUAAGUCCUCAGAAGAAGCCAGCGUUCAGAUCAGCGAAUCUCAGAAAUCCUCUGGUAAAUCGAAAAACCCAGCAAGUGCAAGAAUCUUGAGGAAGUACUCGAACAUCCGAGGGAAGAUGCAGGUUCAACAAACCAAUGUCGCUUUGAAAAAGGCAGCAAAAACCUUAAAAAACAAUAAAAUGAAAAAACUAACAGCCACAAAGUCAAACCUGAAACCGCCCCUGAAGUCACGGAGGUCACCCUUAGCUGUCGCUAAACAAAUGAAAGUAACAGUGGUAAAAAUGGAAAGAAGGAAAGCAUUGGCUAGCAAAAAAACUGUAAAACACCUGGAGAAAACAGCCAAGACCCCCAGCACUAGUAGAGCUUCAAAAGACACAACUAAAAAGGAAUUGCCAAAGAGAAAUUCUCAACGACUCGGGUCUCCCAGGACGUCAGACCUUGCCAACACAUCCAAGAACAAGAUCGACAAUAAAAAGCCGAGUGAAGUGGAGAUUGUAGAAGUGGUAAAACCAGCAGUGAGUAAAAUGCAUUCUUCAAAAGCCCAAACAAAAGAAUCAUUAAAUAGUAUUCGCACUGAAAUCAAAGAUACAGAAAACACUAUCGAAACACCUCAUCAGAGCACAGACGUCAAGGGCCCGACCGCCCCUGACCAGGUUCUAACGAGAUCCCAGAGGAAAAUGGAGGCAGCGCUUCCUGUAAGUGGAAGCCCCGGUCAUUCUUCGAAGAGGGUCACAAAGUCCACGACGACACCAAGUGCGUCUCCAAAACCUGCCAGGAAAGCUGAGGAACCUACACUGACCAGGAGUGGUGCUUUAAAAUCAAAGAGAAGUCGGGCGGCUUUGUUGCCACGCACUGCGACACAAUCAGGAACGAAGAGAGCUCAGGAUCUUGCAGGGACGCCGGCGAAGCGCACCAGGACAUCACAUUCAAAAUAAAAUGGACAAACAGGGAGAGAGAGAGAGAUGGAGAGCGUGGUCAUCUUUAUUUAGUGGAUUAUGUCUUUUAUUUUAUAUGGAACAUGUUCAGAAGGAGCAGAAGUGCCCAGUGUGCAUUGUAUUCUCCUCAAACUCUUCCCGAGGAUACCUUUUCAGUGGGCAAAUACUGCGACGAAGGAACAGGGUUUUCAAUUAUGCUUUUGUAAAGCUUCAGUGUGAAAUUGCAGAUGUGGUGGAUUAUCUUUUUUCACUAUUAGCUCCGUGUCCCGGGACGACAGACAGACAGAAGUCCUACAUGAUGUCUUGCCGAUGUAGUUGUUUGGCGUCAUGUUCCAGUUCUCAACAUACAGCAGCUGGAGAUAAGAGUGGGAUGACAGAAACCAAACGAUGAUGCAGUUAUUACGUUCCUUUACUAUUGUCUUUUGUUUGUAUAUAAUUGUCGUAGAUCAUAGCGUGCACUGCAGUUACUGUCGAGAGAGCGUUUAAUGCGAGAAUUGAAGCGUACCGUCAAUGGGCAGUUCGUAUCUCCAGCCUGUCUUCCAAACACAACAUUGUGAAUAUAUGUGACUGUUGUGACCAGGUGCCUUAUUUAUGAAGUGUAUAAUAGAACAUGUUGCUAAAUGUGAAAACCCCUCGCCCGCUGUAGUCGUCGUAAACAGCUUGAACAUACAACUGUUUCACCCAGUGUGAGCUUCAUCUGUUGACUGAAAUGUUUAUUUUCUGUGCCCAUUUUCCAGAGCAUUAAGAUAAAAUGUGUUUGUAUUAAGUGUUAAAGCAAACGCACCAGACAGGCAUUUUCUGUAUGUGUCAUGAUUAAGGCUUGUAUUUUAUUUUUAUUUUGUUUUCUGGUCUGUUCUCAUCACCUCUGACCGUUCGUCUGCUAAUAGUAGUAACAUUAUGAGUAUUUGUUUACCUGCUUCUGCACGUCUCGUCCUCUUAAUGAUGAAAUUUCAGAACCAGAUCUCUUCUAAAGCCCCUGGUUUUUUUCAGUAAUAGACUAUGCAUCCACAGUUUGUGCGCAUUAAAAAAAGGCUGUACUUAAGAAUCAUCUGAGGUGACUGUGGGAUUCUGGCCUGAUUUAAAAAGAUUGACAUGAAUGAUUUAUGUGACCUCUUGAGCAUUAAUGGCACAUUACAGGGUGAUCAAUUUUCUCUCAUUACUCACACGUUAGACAUGAAUUUCUCGAGGUAGUCUAGUCACACUUUGAGUUGUGAAUCCAAGUAUGUUGCAGUUCUCUGUUAUUGUUUUUAUUGUCAUUGGCUGUCGGGCAGAUGUUCUCAAAAUGUGAAGUGUUUUUUUUGUUUUACUUCCGCAGUAGUAACUUGCAUUAGUUUAUUGUCAAAGGAAAAAAAUACCGAUUUUAGCACAGUGUUAUUUUUUUAUUCUGGUCAAUUCUCUUUAGAGGGUAAAUCAUCUGUAAAUGCAAAACAUGUCAGUCAUGUUUUUAUUGUUAUUUAAAAAAAAAGAAAAAGAAAAAAAGACUCCAUGCUAAGGCUAAUGACUUUAGGAAAUCUUAAAACAGCCCACCAAAUAUCACACAUGGACAUGUUUAUUCUUUACAGUUGCUAUUUAAAGAUUUUGAUUUUGUAUAUUAGAAAAGAAAUAGCUUCUUUAUUUGUGGUAAUCCCAAGAAUGAUACAUGUUAAUGUUGAGAACUUUGUAUUUUUUGCUGGAGUUGAUAUAAAGAUGUUUGAAUUUUA